AUGCCUGGGCAGUUUGCCCUGGGUAAGGGAAGCUGGGUGAGGCUUCUCAGCUGGCCGCCUCCCAUGCGUUCUCUUCUGCGGGAGCAGAAGCGCAUCCCGUCGGCUGGGAACAGGGGACAUUUGGAGAGGAAUCCUGCAGGGGAUCCAGGGGACGGGAAGGCAGCACCCGAGUGGAACUUUCUGGCGCUUCCCCAUCCUCCUCCCGCCGCACUUCCCACCCCGGCGCCCGCGGGCGCCCCGCCCCCUCGGCCUUAUAGAGGGCCGGGCACCUCCGCGCGGCUCCGACAGUUCCAGGAGCGCUGGGCUCUCAGGGGCGGACGGGGGCUGUCCUCGCCACCUGACCACCACGCUGGCGGCGAAGGAGCGGAGCGCAGCAGCAGCUACACCCCGCACCAUGGAGGGCAGGCCAGCCCCAGCCCGAGCCGUCCUCCACCACCCGCGCCGCGCGUGCCAACUCCCGCUGCUGCUCUCCGGGAGGGGCCCCCUCCCCACCUCGAAGCCCACAUGAAGGACACCCGGGGCUGCGUUGGCCUCCACCCUUCCCACGCCGGCAUGCUGGCGACGGGCAACCUCACGGCUUCCGCGGGGGCCCGCGAGGAGUGCGGCUCGGUGUCGGUGGUCUUUCCGAUCACCAUGCUCAUCACCGGCUUCGUGGGCAACGCGCUGGCCAUGCUGCUGGUGUCGCGGAGCUAUCGGCGCCGGGAGAGCAAGCGCAAGAAGUCGUUCCUGCUGUGCAUCGGCUGGCUGGCGCUCACCGACCUGGUGGGGCAGCUGCUCACCGCCCCGGUGGUGAUCGUCGUGUACCUGUCCAAGCAGCCCUGGGAGCAGCUCGACCCGUCGGGCCGCCUCUGCACCUUCUUCGGCCUAACCAUGACCGUCUUCGGGCUGUCCUCGCUCUUCAUCGCCAGCGCCAUGGCCGUCGAGCGGGCGCUGGCCAUCCGGGCGCCGCACUGGUACGCCAGCCACAUGAAGACGCGCGCCACCCGCGCGGUGCUGCUGGGCGUGUGGCUGGCGGGGCUCACCUUCGCCCUGCUGCCCGUGCUGGGCGUGGGCCGCUACACCGUGCAGUGGCCGGGCACCUGGUGCUUCAUCAGCACUGGGGGGGCGGCCAACGGGACUAGCUCCCGGGACAACUGGGGCAGCUGUUUCUUCACCUCCACCUUCGCCUUCCUGGGGCUCUUGGCGCUGGCCAUCACCUUCGCCUGCAACCUGGCCACCAUCAAGGCCCUGGUGUCUCGCUGCCGGGCCAAAGCCACGGCGUCGCAGUCCAGCACCCAGUGGGGCCGCAUCACCACCGAGACGGCCAUCCAGCUCAUGGGCAUCAUGUGUGUGCUGUCGGUCUGCUGGUCACCCCUGCUGAUAAUGAUGUUGAAAAUGAUCUUCAAUCAGACCUCAGUUGAGCACUGCAAAAGUCUGACGGAAAAGCACAAAGAGUGCAACUUCUUCUUAAUAGCUGUUCGCUUGGCUUCACUGAACCAGAUCUUGGAUCCCUGGGUUUAUCUGCUGCUAAGAAAGAUCCUUCUUCGGAAGUUCUGCCAGGUAGCAAAUGCUGUCUCCAGCUGCUCUAAUGAAGGACAGAAAGGGCAACCUAUCUCAUUAUCCAAUGAAAUAAUAGGUACAGGAGCAUGA